GGUUGCUAGGGAAGCCUUCGGGGUGGUUGGGCGAGCCGCACGGGUACACGCGGACAGAACCGUUUGAGGGGGUCUAUUGUUGUUAUUAUUAUUAAUUACGGAGUUUAUUUGUUUAUUAAAUAAAGUGAAAUUAAGAGUGAGAGAUAUCGCACUCGGGAUGUCUCGCAGGACGAUAUUCGGGGUAAUCGCGCUGCUGUUGCUGCAUCUGUGGGACCGGGCCUCGGUGAGAGCGCUGGAAUUCCAACCGCGAAGCAUACUGAUGACAAACUACACUGUGGAUGUAAUGCUUGUGAACGCGGAUGCAGCAGCAUCGUUCACAUGCGGCGCGCAUCUCUUGAACGAGUCGAGUGACAUCACCUUGCUUUCAUGUGUCAAUGCAUCAGAAAACUGGAACGUCACAUACGGUCCACAAUAUUCUACAGUGGUUAACCUGAUGCUGACACGGAUUCCAACGGACCCCAAGGUUGUAGUGGAAGAGGCAUUGGCAGUGAGAUGCUGUCAGAGCAACAAGACUGCCACCCUACUGGUGCAGGUGUCCAUCCGGCCCUUGGAAGCACGAAUCGAUGGAAACAUCUCCCUGGUGACGGGGCUGCCCAACCCAGCGUACGUCCCGCUGAGCAUGUGCCCCUGCGACCUCACCCAGAAGGCCUGUGACGUCGGCUGCUGCUGUGAUCAUACUUGCACAAUGGAAAACGGCAGAAUGCUUUCAUCGUGCUUGCCGGGAGUGUUUGGGGGGCUUGUGUCGCCGCCAUUUGAGCACCUGUGCUCGGAGCAGCAGGCACGCAAUGCCCCGGACUGGUUCCCGUUCCUGUGUGUGCAGUCGCCCGCCGCCAACAGCCCCAUGCUCGGCCUCUUCCACACCGACAGUCCCGUCCUAAUGACGAGAGAUGCACUGCAGACAAAGUUGGGCCAGAUUCCUGCGAGCCCUUCGUUUGCCAAGGAGAGAACAGGCCAGGCAAACGCCCCCUGCUCAUCAACAAACGUCCACAUGGAGCAGGGCAGCCCAACAUGCCGAGCCCAGAAUCGUCUUUUGACCUUGCCGCGGGCCACGCUGGCUGGUCACUGCUUGCAGAAAGCCCCCAUUUCCUUCCUGAAGGACGUCACCUCUCGCUGUGUGCUGGGUCCGCUUCAACUGCUGUGUACAAAUAGCGACCUGCACAGCAUUGACGCCUACUCCAAAGAUGUGGACAAUAAGACGUGCUUUUUGUCAGUGCUGGGAGCCUCCAUGCAGCUCGCUGAACGAGAAUGCUUGCCGACCUACCAAUUGGACAAAAUGUGCAUUAACGCGGUGGUGGCUGUGACUUACGAGGUGACUUGGAAGAACUUCUCGGUGUAUCACGUUCAUGCCAAAAUAACUUUGGCGAACGUCAGUCUUACGAACAACGCCCCACUGGUACAGGAAUUCUCUGUGCAGUUUAUAAAUCCUGUCAACGGAUUGCAGAUUACACCUCGGUCUGGAAACCCGGGAUACCUAGUGGGCAAGCCGCUGUUGACGUCUGUUAAAAACGGGAGUGUCAACCUAACUGAGGGACUCCACCUUUGGUACCCUGUGGGCUCCAGCCUGUGCGCCGAGGCCCAAACGACGCAGGUGAAGUUCGGCGAGAACUCAAUAUCCGGGUGCCUCCUCCGCCUUGGAUUUCUCGACCUGAAUAAUUGCACUGACAUCAGGCAUAAUAUCCUGCAGGAAUGGCAUCGCCUGGUUUCUGCAAAUUUUGUUGGCCGACGUGGCAACUCCAACCCCAAGGACACUACUGAGUGGAUCAGCUUAGACAAACAUGCCCUGAAAAACGAAAGCUCAGUAAACUCAACCGAGAGGCGUGGAAUGUGUGCAGAAGUGCCGGCUCGCCUGCACAUCCGCGUGCUCACCGCCAUGGUGGGAAACGUGGAGAGGGAGCCCCAGAUGGAAAUAGUUGAUGUGCAAGUCAGUGUGAGCAAGGCGACGUGGCAGCUGUCGUGUAGCGGCGCCGAAGGGGCGGCGUGUGUGAACACGUCGUUUUUGCAGUCCUUCCCCCUCACCAGCUCCGUGGAGUUUAUCCGCGUGGCCACGACACUGACAUCCCCGCAGACCAGGUUUCAACUCAACUACACGGAGUUUGACUGCAGCCGAAACGACGUGUGCUGGCCUGAGCUCGCCCUUCCGUUCAUCACCACGUAUAAAGGCCACCCAAACGGAUACGCAAUAGCCCAGGGAAUGAUCCUGGUCCUGCUGUUUGUGUUGGCGGGGCUCCUGGCAGCCCCAUGGCAUGCGAUAUUUACGUGACUAUCAACCGUCGCCCUUAUUUUAGAGUUAAAAAAUAAACGAUAAUAAUUUCUGUCAUUUUUUUAUUAUGAGGAUAUUGAGAUAUUGGGAUAAAUCGUUUAAAUUAUAUGUUUAAAGGUUAAUUGUCACGGUUUACACAAAUCUACUGGUGAUGUAAAAAAUUAAGUUUUGUGUGUGUGCAUUUAUAUAAACCUAAUCAGUAUCGUCAAAUGAGGAUGCUUUAUAAGGAGAACUGUUCCAGUGUUUUUGUCCACUUGAAGCUUCAUUUUUGUACUGUAAAGUAAAUAAAAGGUAUCUUUUUAAUAAAGAUGUUUAUACUAUUAUUAAAGUAGUAAAACAAUGCCAUG